GAAUAAUUAAAGGGAAUGCCUUUGAAAUUGUCACUUAAAAUUAUUUGAUUGUUUGGUAGCAUGUACUGUCAAGUGUAGGGCAAUAAUGCGGUUUUAUGUGAUAUUGCUGUUCCUCUGUAGAGGGAGAAAUGGCUGCGAAAGCUGACAUAAAAUCGCCACGCAGGUGACACAGGCUCCUCGAGCAUCCUGCAUCUCUGAAUGAGCCACAGCUGCCGUGAAAAUCACUCGGCGUGUGGAGUUCAAUGGAUUAAUUUAGCAACAAGGCUGCGCCGUGCUCCGGUUACCAUUCGAUUUGUGACGAACACAACGAAGGAGUGCAAGAGAGACCUGCUGGAGAGGCUAACGAAACUGGGAUUUGACAUUGCAGAAAACGAGAUCUUCACGUCGCUGACAGCAGCCAGAAAUCUUCUGGAGCAAAAGCAGGUGCGGCCACUCCUCCUGGUGGACGAUAAGGCCCUGCCUGAUUUCACAGGGAUAGCCACCGAUGACCCCAACGCAGUGGUGGUAGGACUGGCUCCUGAGCACUUUCACUAUGAGAUGAUGAACAGAGCGUUUCGGUUGAUUUUGGAUGGUGCUCCUCUCAUAGCUAUACAUAAAGCCAGAUAUUUCAAGAAAAAAGAUGGCUUGGCUCUGGGACCUGGACCUUUUGUAACUGGGCUGGAAUACGCCACAGACACCAAAGCGACAGUGGUGGGGAAGCCGGAGCAAACCUUCUUCCUCGAAGCUCUGCGGGGGAUUGACUGUGCCCCGGAGGAGGCCGUCAUGAUUGGUGAUGACUGCAGGGACGAUGUUGGUGGCGCCCAGAAGGCGGGCAUGCGUGGGAUUUUGGUAAGGACCGGUAAAUAUCGACCAGCAGAUGAAGGCAAAAUCAAUCCGGCUCCUUACUUAACCUGUGAGAAUUUCCCAGCGGCAGUGGAACAUAUCCUAGAGCAUCUGCUGUGAGAAAGGGAAUAGUUAGUUUGAAGAAAUAUCUGUGUCGCGUAAUUUCCUUUACUCUUGCUUCAAAAAUUAAGGUCGCAGGAUCAGUGCAUGCAUCAGAAACCUAACCGUGAGCUCCUUCCACUCGAGUUGGGAAGAAGCCCCUUUCCUGUAGUAGUUUCACGAGGAUGCGAUGAGGGACCGCGGAUGCUCAGCAGGUGAGACAGACGGGCUACAACCAACACAGCCGCUUUCCUGUAUCCCAGAGGGCGCCUGGUAGAGUUUUCUCUUUGUUUUCAGUUUUCAAGAAAUACCUGAUGAAAAGCCCUUGUCUGGAAAGUGUCACGUUCUUCUGCUGAAUAAGCUAAACUGAAAAAAAACCCAACACUGGAAACACUCGAGUAAAUAAACCUCAAGGACUAACGGAGCCUUAGUCAGCCCAAAGUGAUUUCACUGAUUCUGCCUCUGCUCAGCCCUAAUUUAAAGGUAGAGAUGGUGCACGUUUAGGUGACUUUUAAAUUAAAGUUAUCACCGUUGUUUAAUAAUAACUACUGGUGAUAUCUUUCCUCUCAUUAGAACAGAUCCCGGUGUCUUUGUUUUUCAGAUUUUACAUAAAAUUAAAACUGUCAGCAUUUUACAGAUGUUUUAAUUAGAUGCUGUUAUUAAAAAGAAUGGUACAGAAACAAAAAAUCUGGUAUUAAAUGCCUUAGAGACUGCGAAUUUUUGAAAUUAGGCUUCAGGAGGGUCCUAUUAAUGCUACAGUUGCAAAAUGUCACUAUUGUUGGGGGGUUUUUUUUGUUUCUUUUUAAUGUUACGGGAGAAAAUCCUUCACGAGCCAUGGGGACAGAUUCCAGUUUUUACACGGUUGGUUAGUCGAGCUGUAAAAUGAAAUUUAAUCCCGUAGUAGGCAGUGCUUUUCCUAUGCGCUAAAUCCCCCAAUACGGACCAACUUUGUAAUGAUGGUAAAUCGCUUUUCUGGUCCAUUUGCGAACUGUAAUAAUCAAAGUCCUCUACAGUUUGUUUUACAGUGCUCCUGAGUGUUAAAUUAUUAGAUUGUAAUUAUACAUUGCUGGAGUAUUAACCUUAUUGAAAAUAUAGUUUUUUGUGUUAAUGAGCCAUGCUUGUUCUUGUUAAGAAAAAUCAUGGUGAUGAGUGAACGGGAAGCUCUCCUUCCGUGAAAGGUUGGCUGCAGUCUCAGAUUUAAUCUCUGUCCGAGACAGAACGUGUGGACGGAGCAGACUUUGCAGUAGAAAUACAAGAAACAAUAACCCCCCCCAGGAACAAAAA